UCACAUUGAAAGCUCUACGUUUAAUGUAAUCAUCCAACCAUGGGCGUCAUCCGCGCCAUGUCGUCAUCCACCCCAAUCCAGAACCCAAGCUUGGCUGGGUUGGCAUCGGAAAAACCCGGACUGCCUACAAGAGUCUACGGAAUUAUGAUGACUGCGCCCUCGUGACCAAGUUGUGUAAGGAGCUCAGCAUAAAAUCGUGAGGCAAUGCAGUCGGCGAAGUGUGCGGGGUCCGCUUUUUUCCUGAAUCCCUACGUGUCAGGGUCGAGAGUUCUGACAACAAGUGUCCAAGCGGAAACGCAAGCAGCGAAUCAUCGAGCUGGCAUGUCCAGGCCAGCGCCGCCAGCCCGACAGGAGAUCUCUCGGACCGGUCAGAUGGCGUUGUGUUCGGCGUCAGUGGCUGUCCUGGCUGUCCUGGCCCGAGGGCAAGCAGGUCAGCCGAGUUUCUUGGGCUGGAAUGGUGGAUCCCCAGUGCAUCAUGGGGGUUUCAGUUGCACGGGCUUCGAGUUCACUGCUUCACAUUCUUAUCGAUAACGUGGAAGAAGUCGAGAAGAAGAUUAUCAGUAGAGGUUGGGUUUUGCGGGCG